UUUGGUUAUAAGCAGAUAUGUGAGAUACUGAUUAUUCAGCAUGGGUCGGUCGGGAAAAGGAUCUGCCAUUUGUACUAUAAAGUAUCUGUUUCUCAUAUUCAACGUCAUAAUAUGGAUGUGAUGGACUGAAUUACCUUUAAUUAUUCUAUACACUAUGGCGAGUUCAAUCAUAGUUGGCCAGAUAGCUUGGUAGAGCACUUGACCAGACAGGCGGGAGCCUGGGCUUGAACCCGGGUCUUAUCUGUUGCAUUUGUUCUCUUUCCGUUACACUGUAGACCAUCUCUAGGAAAUGACAGGUAUUGGGAUGUGGAGUGUUCGCUGUGGGAAUAUGGAUGCAAGCAAACAGAGACUCCUUCUCAGUGGUGCUGCCCACGUACAGCUUCUUAACGGCUGCUUCACUGGUGAUAAUAGCAGGAACCAUAACUCUUGUCAUUGGCUUUGUGGGUUGUUGUGGUGCCAUAGCUGAGAACAAAUGCAUGAUGGUGGUUUACUUCAUUUUUGUUCUGAUCAUAUUUGGACUAGAAGUUGCAGCCACUGCAUUGAUAUUAUCAUAUCAAAAUGAUAUCAAAACAGCAAUAAAGGAAGAAAUGUUGUACAGUCUGGAAUACAGCUCUGAUUCAAGUGUUCAUUCACAGAAGAGAGAGGGGAUUGUUCGGCUCAUUGACACCAUACAAACAGAUUUACAGUGUUGUGGUGUUAAUAAUUACACAGACUGGUAUGGUGUUGGAGACCAGAGUAAGCAGGUUAGAUCUUCAUGUUGUGUAGACCCAUUUCCAGGCUGUGAAAAGUCGCAGAGCUUUCUAUGGCGCCCAAAGGGCUGUAUGGAGGAGAUAGAGUACUUGUUUUCAAAGAACAUGCAUUACAUUGGGAUUGCUGGUUUGUGUGUGGCAGUAGUACAGAUUCUGAUGAUGGCAGCUUGUAUAAUGUUAUUUUGCAACAUGAGAGAUAGAUCCAAAUAUUAAGUUAACUUGUGCAAAAAACAGAACUUUUGCAAGAAAAGGACUGAAGAUUCUGAAGUGAGAAGGGUUGCAGUGUUUUUCAGUUGUGUUCCUUUUACAUUCUGGAUUGUUGGACAGGUUUGAAAUAGGCUGGUUCUAACAAGUUAGACUGGUUCCGACAAGUUAGACUGUGUGUGUAUUGCAUGCCUUCUUGUUGUCCAAAAUUGAGUAUGUGUACUUUUACGCCCACUGAACAUGCAGAUCAAAUGAAGAAUAGUACAUGUGUGAAAGAAGCAUGAUACAUGUAUUUUAAUUUAGGCAGUUUCUCCAUCAGAAAGAUCAUCAGAAAUUCCCAAAGUAGUAUCAGAAUUUCCCAAGACUAUGUAAUUAAAAGUUUUUCUUCAUCUUUAAAAAAAACAAAAAAAAACUUUGUUUUUCACAAUUCAAUAGUUGUAUUAUUUUUUUAUUCAUGAAAGAAUUAAAAAAAUUUACAAUAUCUAAAAUUCUUGCUGAUUUUUCCAAAAGUAAUAGGACAUACUGUAACUUUAAAAAUUGAUGUGAAAAACAGUCUAAUUUUGUGUUCAGUAAAUGAAAAUUUGCUAGCUUUAGUGCAAUUUUAAAUUACAUUUAAAUCAGGUCUUGACAGUGGUAUGACAUAAAUCAGUAAAACUGCAAUGUACAUGUACAUGUAUGUAUUUUAUUUUGUAAGGGGUGUUAUUUUAUUGUGUACGACACCAUAUUUACCAGAAACAAAAAAUAGUGAAGUGUCACAAAGUUUUUCAUUUUUAAAAAAGUUUUUCAUAUUUUGAUUUUUAUGACAUUCUUUUAUAUCUAGGGUUCACAUUUUGAGUAUGGUAAAAGUGGUGCCUUGUUUUAUAAACACAUUCAGUGUUGGCACUUUCUCACUACAGCAAGUCACAUCCAAACGAAUGGUGUGACCACAAAUGGUUGUUAUCUUACACUGAAGAAUAUAUACUGCAAAAAAAUCUAUAUAACUAAAAAUGGGAAUACUCAAAUAUUCUAUUUCAAAAGUAAAACAACAUUUUUUUCUUAUUAAAAGCCAAAGGUGUACUGGUAUUUUAUAUGUUGUCCUUUGAAAAAGCACAGCUUUAAAAAUUGAAAUGUCACGUCUAGCUGUAUGAGUAAAUCCCUGUGUUUUCUAUUUGUGUUUAUAUCAAAUAUUUAUCCAGAGAGUUUCUUAUACAUAAUUAGAAAUUAUAGUUUUUAUAGAACGACCCAUGUGAAUCUCUGUCUCUCGGUGUAAAAUGUUCUACAUGUUGUAUAAAGAUACAUCACGGGGUUAAUUUUUAUGUAAAAUGGUGAAUUGGCCAUGAACAGUUCAUUGAUUGUAUCUGUAAGUGUUGUAUUUCAUGUCUUUGCAUUGAUUUCUGAGAGACUUUAUUUGAAAGGAUCCUGAUGAUCAGAUCGUUAUUGUAUUUUGUAAAAAUAUUAGACUCGUCAUUGAAUAUUAUUCUCUAUAUUGUGGUUGUUACAGAGUUCUUCAUUGAAUAUAAACAAUAUUGUUAUAUACAUGUACUUGUAUACAAUUCAAUACAUGAUUUUUUUAAUAUAUACACUGUAUAUGAUUUGUGAUAUUGCAUUUUGAAAUACCUCAAUAAAUGCUGCUGACACAAAGUA